AUGUCCCCCAUCCGCGUCGGCUUCAUCGGCCUCAGCGCCACAGGCAGCUGGGCCAGCUCCGCGCACCUGCCCUACCUCAAAUCCAGCAGCAAAUACCGCAUCACCGCGCUCCUCAACUCGAGCGUCGACUCAGCCCGCGCCGCCAUCGCCGCGCACGGCCUCGACCCCUCGACGACCAAAGCCUACGGCACGGCCGACGACCUCGCCGCGGCCGACGACGUCGACCUGGUCGUGUGCAGCGUGCGCGUCGACAAGCACUUUGCGCUGCUGCGGCCGCUGCUGGAGCGGGAGGGCGGCGCGUCGGCCGUCAAGGCCAUCUACUGCGAGUGGCCGCUGGGCGCGAACCUGGCCGAGGCCGAGGAGCUGGCGGAGCUGGCGCGCGCGCGCGGCGUGCGCACCCUGGUCGGCUUGCAGGGCCGCCGCGCGCCCGUCGGGCUGAAGGUCAAGGAGCUGGUCGACGGCGGGAGGAUCGGCGAGGUGCUGAGCGUGCAUGUGGCGGGGAGCGCGUGGAACUUCGGCGCGGAGGACUGGAAGGAGGUCAAGUACUUGAACGAGAAGGAGACGGGUGGGAAUAUGGUGACGAUUCAUUUCUCACACUAUUUCGACACGGUGACCCAGGCUGUCGGGCAGCUCUCGUCGUUCUCGUCCAUCCUUGCGAUCAAGCGGCCGACCAUCCAUCUACGAGACAAGCCCCUAGCCUACAAGCCCGGUCCUUCGGAUCCACCCGUCGAGAUCGUCGAAACCAUCACUCGCGAGACAGCUGACCAGGUCCUGAUCCAAGGUCGCCUGGCUUCUGGUGCGCUGAUUUCUUACCACUUGCGCGGCGGACAGGAAGUCCCAGGCACGCCCGGCUCCGUAUGGUCCAUCUACGGUUCUACCGGCGAAAUCAGAGUGACGACAGCGUCAGGAUCGAUCCACAUCGGAGGGCCUGGACAGACACUUCAAGUCCACGACCACAAGACUGGCGAGGUCGAAACGGUCAGCAUCGAUGUCGGCGAUGGAUUUGACCAGGACGAGUAUCCGUGGCCUUCAAGGAACAUCGCGAGGCUGUAUGAAGCGUUUGCGGAGGGCAGGGAGCACGAGUACGCUGAUUGGGACGAGGCGAUUGUCAGGCAUCGGUUGAUUGACGAGCUCUACUGGCGCGAAAAGAAGGGCAGCGGCCUCCUCCCGGCACAGUACGUCAGCGACACCUACGGCAACUCGCUGGAGCUGUAG